GAUUCCCGCAGAUUCGAUAGCGAUUGUCCCGAUUGUAACAAACGUGUCCAGACUGACCCAAACAUUUGUUUAAAAUCGUUUUUGUGGGAUACUUGAGACGAUAAUGCUGGAUGGUUGCGCUCAUGAAAUUCACCAGAGAUAUAUGCAGGCUCUUGGGACUCGGGAGCGGUCCCGCUGUCCAGCAGCAGGAGGAGCAGAUGGACUGUGGUGCUGCAACCCUUGACCCAAGUGAUGAUGCCACUUUGUUACAGGAUGCAUUAAAUGGAGAGGAGGAUUUGAGUGAGGAGGAGAAGGUCAGACGGAAGGCCGAGCGACGCAAAGCCAAGAGGAAGCGCCGUCGAAAACGCAAGAAGCAGGAGCAGGUUAAGCAAAAUGAGAGUGUUGAGCAGGACGAUGAAGACGAGGAUGGAGGUGCAGAGUCUGAACUGGAUGAAAGCGAGUCAGAAGCAGAGGUUGGUGCUGAAGAGGAGAAACAAAGAGUGCAAAAAGAGGAGAACAAGGAGGCAAAAUCAUCUGCCUCACAGAAAAGCGCCGCUACUCCAGUAGUGGCUACUUCAGGAAUCAAAGGACAUCAGAAGAGCCAAGCCAGAACCACUGAAGAGGAGCCUGAGUGGGAUGUGAGCAGUGCCUUCUUUGCUAAUGCUGCUAGCCAUAUCAAACCCAAAGGAUCAAGUCGCAAGUCCAAAGAAAACAAGGAGAAUGAGGCCAGGAGAGAGACAAAUGGAACUGACACCAUAAUGAAGAAAAGUGCAUCACUGACAGAAAAAGGGAUAAAACUGGUGCAAGAGGGGCAGUAUGCACAAGCAGUCACUAUGUUUACAGAAGCCAUCAAAAUUGAUCCAAAGGAUAACAGGUUCUUUGGGAAUCGGUCCUAUUGCUAUUACUGCUUGGAACAGUACCCUCAGGCCCUGGCAGACGCUGAACGCUCCAUUCAGCUGGCCCCAGACUGGCCAAAAGGACACUUCCGAAAGGGAAGUGCUCUCAUGGGCAUGAAGCGGUACAGUGAGGCAGAGAAGGCUAUGGAGCAGGUGCUGAAACUGGACAAAGACUGUGAGGAGGCUGUCACUGACCUCUUUAACUGUAAAGUGCUGCAGUUAAUGGAGCUUGGGUUUGAAGAAAUGCAAAGUGUCCAUCUUCUGGAGAAAUUUUCAACUGUGCAGGCAGUUCUGGCAGCUUGUUCUGAUGCCGCCAGGGCUGGGAACCAAGAUCCAUCAGUUGUGCAACCAGGAAGCCCUUGCCCAUCUCUGUGGGUAGGAAAUGUGACGACUGAGCUAACUGAGAAACACCUGCGGGACCUUUUUAAAAUGUAUGGUGAGAUAGAGAGUAUCCGUGUGCUGCAUGAGAGAUUCUGUGCCUUUGUGAACUUCAAGAAUGCAAACAUGGCAGCACGUGCCAUGGAGAAACUAAAUGGUUAUUGUAUUGAGAACACACGUUUAGUGGUGCGUUAUCCUGACCGUCGCACUCAAAGGGUCCUUCCCAUUCCACUUAAGACCUGUCUCCCUGUCACACAGCAGGCAGGGGCAGCUGCUGGACCUCGACGACGUGGCCCAGUGAACGGAGAUGAGUGUUACUUCUGGAGAACCACAGGCUGCCAUUUUGGGGACAAAUGUCGCUACAAACACAUUCCUGAUCAGAAAGGCAAGGACAGGAAGCCCUGGCAGCCUUGAACUCAGUUUACCCUCUGCCUCAGUAAUAUGCAGGAAAGUGGGAUACACAGACUGAGCCAAAGGAGCCGGUACUUACAGGACCAGGUUCUCUGGGUUAAGAAUAUUAACUGUGGCAGAAUGGACCAGCACUCAGGCUCUAAGGGUGGAAUAGUGACACAUGUACCACAGAGGACUGGAAGCAUGAAGGUUUUUAUUUCAACCAAAGACUUUCCUGGAUGAAAUUGCUCAAUAGUAAAACAUUAACCAGAAGGGAGCAACAAAAUCACCAGAUGUAGUCUCAGUUUUGGAUGAAAACCCUCAUAUUUGUAGCCCUUCAUGGUACACAGGUAACCUAUUCCUGCUUUAAGAGAUACAACCUAACUUCACAGGCCUACAACAGAAGGAGGAAGUGAAACUGCCUGGGUUCACUACUGGGGGGAAGGAGUAAUGACACUGUCAUGUAAAGAAGUGAUGAAAGGUAUCAGUAUGGAUUUUUCAGGCCAAGGUUCUUCAGUGAUUAUUCUGGGGACCUUCCUUCUUUAGAAAUUCCAUCGCAAAGCAGUGUUCCUCCCCAUUUUUUAAGUACAGUAACUUUAUCAUUACUUUAAUUGGCAGUUUGUGAACUUGAUUUUUAACAGUUAAAGUUUAUCCGUAGUUCACAACUGCUCACGUCAGUCUGUGGUUCAUAGUGGGGCUUCAUUUCCUACUUCUUGCUUCUGUUCAAAUAUCAGCACAUUGUCCACUAGACCAAAGACAUACUAAGAGACGUACCUGUCAUUUCAGUACCUCCCCUAUGCAGAUGAGGUUUUUGUUUUAGCCAGUAACCUACAGAGACCCAGAGAGGUGCCUUUUAUAAUGUUCUAUGUAGCCUUAGUUAAGAUGAUCAAACUGAAAUUGAGGGAUUGCAGGAUUGUAUGUAUUAAUGCAUGAAUUAGGUGCAUUAAAUUAGGUAUAAGGUAUAGGUGAAAGAUUUAACACACUCACUGCAUGAGUUGAGACUCAUUGUCGUUCAUAACAAUACUUGUAGGUUGUAUAAGAAGCAAUAGAAGCACCUGACAAUAUCAUGCAAUCCAGUAGAAUAAGUGCUAGCGUUAUGAAGAUAAUGUUUUUGGUGAGACUGUCUGAGAUGAGUUGUUUUAACACUAUCGCAAUUUUGAGGCCAAGGUUUUUGGUUUUCUUGUAUUAGAUUGCAUGAAGUGUCAGGUGUGACGUUCUUCACUUCUCCCUGUUUAGCGGACUAUAAGAAAGAUAGUUGAGGCACUUAUCUCUGUACCCCAUGCAAAACACAGCUUUCAUUCAUUCAUUUAUCUCAGCAUUGAAGUAGACAACAGUAAACAUCACAAUGCUUUACAUCUAUCCAAAAGUUCCAACUUGAUAUUCAGUUCUUUGUCAGACACACAUGCCCACCAGCUCUGGCAGAAGUAGUCGGUUUUUGUAGGUUGUUUAUAUCUAUGACAGACAUGACGACAUCACUGAUAAACUAGUAUACGAUAAGACAGUGCCUUACAAAAAAUUCAUGCUCAAUGGAUUGUGUCACACACAUAGCCAUGACUGUGUGUGUGCACAUGACUAGCAGACCUUUUGAACCUUGACAAACAGUGUUUUUGACCUUACAGCCUCCAUUCCAGUAUUUCAGUGAACCAAAGAAUGCCUCAUCUGAUGGCUCUGCACUGAAAACAAACUAAUUCUUUUCUGAGUUUCAACACUAGACAGUGCAUUAAAACCUUUUGGCAUGAAUCUCUAUCAUCCACUAGACAACAAUUAGUGCUACAACACCCGGAUUAAGUCCACACUACAUUAACUAGUAAACUAUGCACAGCAUAGCAAGAGUAUUUAUUAUCUUAUUUAUACCUACGUUUUUUUCUUUCUUUUUUACCACAUACUUUGAGGCUUGAGCUUUUUACAGCUGCACUUUUACAUUAUGGCAGGUGAAAUAAAAAGCCACUCCUCUGCUUAUUUCUGGCUUUAGAGGCAAAUGUUAUUUAAAAAAAACAUUUGGUACAAAUACUGUCACAUGCUGCACUUCUGCUUUUCUUGUAAUACUUUCUGUCUUGUGGCUACAACUUGUAAAAAAGGAAUUGGACACCAAACCUUCAGACUGCACUUGCAGAUUUAACUUGUUUCUUAUUUGAUUGGUGCUGUUAACUAUGGUUGCACAAUGUAUUUAAUUUUUCAGACUUGAAAAGUAUUGGAUAUUACCAUGGGACUUUAAUUGCAUUUUACAUGUAUUUCAAUUUGGACAAAGGAUAUCCCUAGGUCUAAUGUCAUCUUAGUCUUUUACCCACUUUCAAACUAUUUCAGAAAAAUGCAUUUUUUUAUCUUGAUGUACACACUGAUAACCGGAGCACUGCAAUCCUGUUAAUCCCCCAAAUAUUUUGUAUUGUCGCACUGCAAAAAAAGAGUAUUUUAUAUUUAAUAAACGAA